CCAGGUAGCCUGUCUGGCCAGCUGCAGGGACCAGUGAACAGUGCAAAGCUCUUAAACCAGCACCUUGCUGCCAGAGGGGGCUGAAUCUCCAAGAUGCGCGUGAAUCCCGGGACCGGAGUCUGCGCAUGCGCGGUCGCCGCGAACAUGGCUGCCGCCGAUCGGCAACAUAUGGAAAAUGAGACUGAAAAAUAAUAGCUCAGAAUGUUUCUGAAGAAGAAGAAGAAGUUUCCUUUGAGGUAGAAAUGGAAGGAUUUAAAAGAGAGGGACUCUGCUUCCCCAUUUUAGGUGACAAUUGGGACUGUGAGAACCAGGAAAGAAAUAUGAGGCAAUCUCCUCUAACUGACGAGAAAACAGGGGUUCAGGAAACAAAUUGUAAUGAUCUUGGUGUGGGGGAGCAUUUGAAUACAAAUCCAGCCCUUCUAGAAUCUCAGAGAGUUCCUACAACAAAUGGCUUUCAUGUUCAUAACUCAGAUAUUAAAACUUUUGAUUGUGAUCAAACCUUACAUAGUUGUCCCCAGAGUUAUACAGCUAAGGAAACUGGUGAUGGUGAUGCUUGUGAAAAAGCCAUCCAUCCUUCCGUGGAAGUCACUCAACUUGCAAGAAAUCAAAUGAAAGACAAACCCUAUAAAUACACAGAAAGUAUUAAAUCUCUAAACCACUUUACUACUCCCCUUUGUGACAAAAAAAUUAAGAAAAGAAGCAAAAAAUUUUACAAAGGUAAGGACUUUGGGGACAUUCUGGCCCUGAACUCAUCUCUUAAUGAAAAAAGAAGUCAUUCCAUUGAGAAGCCCUUUAAAUGCACUGAAUGUGGCAAAUGCUUCAAACGGAACUCUUCUCUUGUUUUACACCAUCGAACUCACACUGGUGAGAAACCUUACACCUGUGAUGAUUGUGGAAAAUCAUUCUCCAAGAACUACAACUUGAUUGUACAUAGAAGGAUUCAUACAGGAGAGAAACCCUAUAAAUGCAAUAAAUGUGGGAAAGCUUUCAGUGACGGAUCAGCUCUGACACAACACCAGAGGAUUCACACAGGUGAGAAGCCUUAUGCCUGUCUAGAAUGUGGAAAAACUUUCAACAGAAAUUCAUCCCUGAUUUUGCAUCAAAGAACUCAUACAGGGGAAAAGCCGUAUAGAUGUAAUGAAUGUGGGAAACCCUUCACUGACAUCUCUCACCUUACUGUACAUCUAAGAAUCCAUACCGGCGAGAAGCCUUAUGAGUGUAGCAGAUGUGGAAAAGCUUUCCGAGAUGGCUCAUACCUCACUCAGCACGAGAGGACACACACUGGCGAGAAGCCUUAUGAGUGUAGCAGAUGUGGAAAAGCUUUCCGAGAUGGCUCAUACCUCACUCAGCACGAGAGGACACACACUGGAGAGAAGCCUUUUGAAUGUGUAGAGUGUGGGAAAUCCUUCAAUCGCAAUUCUCACCUCAUUGUGCAUCAGAAAAUUCAUUCUGGGGAGAAACCCUAUGAAUGUAAAGAGUGUGGGAAGACGUUCAUUGAGAGUGCGUACCUCAUCAGGCAUCAGAGAAUUCACACUGGUGAGAAGCCCUACGGUUGUAACCAGUGUCGUAAACUCUUCAGGAAUAUUGCUGGACUUAUCCGGCACCAGAGGAUUCAUACUGGUGAAAGGCCUUAUGAGUGUAAUCAGUGUGGUAAAGCUUUUAGGGAUAGUUCUUGUCUGACCAAGCACCAGAGGAUUCACACUAAGGAGACUCCAUACCAGUGUCUGAAGUGUGGAAAAUCCUUCAGGCAGAACACUCACUUGGUAGUACACCAGCGACUCCAUAACAGGGAGGGUCCCAGCCAGUGUCCUCAAUGUGGGAAAAUAUUUAGAAGGAGCUGGUGUCUUGUCCGACAUCAGAGAACACACCUUGAAGAGCAGCCCGUGGAAGCAUAAUUAAUGUUGGCCAAACUUUUCUUGAAUGAACAGAGGAGAGGUGUCUUCAGAUAUGACUUCCCUUGUUAACAGAAAAGAAUUUGAGUAUGAAAUAUCCUAUAAUCCCAUUAAUUCUGUUAUUAGGGAAACUCCUGAAGAGAGGGUUGAUUGGUAAUCAGUGUAGAAAGGCUUCAGGGAUGAUUCAGCCUUACCAGACAUGUAGUGUAGACACUGAAAUAGAGCACCUGGAAGUGAGGAUGGUAUUUCCCUAAGAACCUGUGAAUGCAUUCAGUACAUAAUCAAUAGGAGGCAUUCUUAAUAGUAUCAUCUUACUGUAUAUAGGCUAGUGCUUAGCAGACUCCAAGCUUGUAAGUGUAAUUAGGAAGAACGUUUUCGUCAGGAGUUUUUACUGUCUUUCCUGUUCAGCAAAGGCAUAGUGGUGAGAGAUCUCACACAUGCCCCAUGACAGCCACAGUUAUAGUUGAAUUUGCUGUUCGAAUGCACUUGUGUUUCAUAGUGCUGCCAGAACACUGAGGACUCAUUUAGUGAGCUGAAACUGGAUGUAGUUGUUUGUGAUUGAAAUGAAGUUUUCCCUUUUAAGACUAAAGUGCUCUCCAUGAUGGAAAGGGCUGCUUCUAAGAAAUAGUAUCCAUUGUUUUAGUUGUUGAACAAGCAAACAUUGAGUUGUUGUAUUUCAGUUAUCUCUUGCCUUCACCAUUGAUGAUCAUUUAGGGCACUAAUUUGUUUAGAGUUAAGGUUAUUUGAAGUGAAAUCUAAAGGUUUUCUUGCAAUACUAAAAAUGCUUAGAUCAUUACAAAAGAAGGCAUAAAAUAGAUUUAUUAUUAUUACAGUCAUGUUAAGAGUAUUCAUAUUAGGUUAGCAGUGGGUGAUGGAAAAAAUUUAAUGGCUUUCUUAGGAGACUACAUUUGUAUAACUUUUCCUUGUUAUACAUUUUUAUAUAACUGGUAAUGUAUAUAAAAGUGAAGCUAAAAGGAAAGAUAUUUGGUAUUUUUCAUGGACCUUUGCCAGUGAAUAGAGGCCAAAGAUAUUGUUAGACAUUAUAAAGGCUCAAUCAUGGUUACAGGAAGCUGUAAGCAUCUACAGGUUUAUAUAGACAGAACUUUCUCUGAAAUCAGCGCAUCCUGAGCCUAGAAUCAUUUUUUCUGGACCUUGUAUUAUGAAGAUUAUGGUAUUGUGGAGGAAGAGGCUUAUCAGUCUGAGGAUAGGGAGGAGAAAGUUAAAGAAAAAUCUGGAAUAAUCCUAGCAUGUCCUUUUUCAGUUCACUGCUUGCUAAAUGAAAGCUAGACAAUUUGUUUGACGGCUUCAAAGUCCUGUGAGCUGAUCUGGUAAUAUUGACUUGAUCCUGUAUUUUCUGGUUCUUAUGGAGGGAGACUCAUAAGUCUAUUUUGAGAUGAUUAAAGCUGUUGAGUAGAUUGAUAAGGAAGUCAGACAUCUCUGUAUGGAUGCCCUUCUUUGACAGGAAGAACAAACACACGAUGGAGAUGGAGAGAUAGUGGUUAAGAGCACUUGUUAUGCUUGCAGAGGACCAUGGUUUGGUUUCUUGCACCCACAUGGUGGAAAAGCUAUUGGUGCCUAGUAGAUAGAGGCCAAAGAUACUGUCAGACUCUUACAAAGAUAACCCUUGGAACAGUUAAUUCAUCUCAGAAUAUUAAGAGUGCUGAGAUUGAGUUAUAUAUAUAUAUUCUUUUGUAUACUUUUCAACCUCAUCAUUUGAAAAAUUGGUCUCAUGUUCCCAUGAGAGAUACAGUCAUGUAUAACUUACAGAUUGUCUCUAUAUAGCAGUGGUUCUCAUCCUUCCUACUGCUGAGACUCUUUAAUGCAGUUCCUCAUGUUGUGGUGA